GGGAGAGGUGAUGAAGAUUGCAAUGAUGAAUUUGAUGCAAAGCCAGACAGAAGUAGCAGAUUCUCACUUAUUGGAAGUUUUUGUUAGAUAUGGAGCUGAACUUCAGGAGAGUACUGCAGGAGCAUUUAACAAUUAGUGAAAACUGUAGUCAGAGCUUGUACUUUCCCUUGGAUGUUUACUGGAUGUACCAUAUAGGAAAUACCCAAGUAUCUUGAAAAAUUAUCUAGUCUUAAUUUGUAAGAACUCAUUAAUUCACAGUCAAUAUUUGUUUCCAGUAUCCUUAGAGACUUUAUCUUCUGAAACUCAACAAAUACUGGGUUAUCCACAAACUCUAUCUGUGGCAAUCACAACAGUGAGUCAAGUCCUUUUCACUCUAGUAAUUUAUUUCCUUCAUUACAACAAAUUCUGGGCUGCCAUCAUACAAAAUUUGGAGGAAAGCUAUUAUGCAGUGUCAUUUUUAAGCUUUCAAAGGAAUCCAAACCAAAUUGAGCCAAAUUUAUAGUAAAACAAAACUGUUUAAGGGUAAAUAUGUAGGAAAUAGUUCUAUGAAUUAGAAUACAAAGAGAUUUUGUAAACUGUGCAUGUUAAUUUGCAUUAUUUUCUUAGAAAUAUACAUUGUGUAAACAUUGUAGUAAUGGUGGAUCAGGUUUUGAGAGGAGGAAGAAAGACAAAUUAGAAAGUGAAGUCUGCUGUCCCACCUCCAUCUCAAGAUCUGCUGUAUUUUCCUACACUCUUACAUAGGAACAGUGAUAGAAUCAGAGUGAUGGGAGUGUGUUUUCUGCCUGUCAGCAAAGGUAGAUCAGGCCUGCAUGACCUCAGCUUGCAGGGUGAUAGCUAUGAGGGUUUGAAUAGCCCCACAGAAAAGUCCAGCGUGACCCACUGCUGACACAUGCAAAUCUUUGGGCCUGAGCACAGAGAGCAUCCUGUUCACUCUCCGAUGUAACCCUGAGCAUGGUGGGCUCCUAGCAUUACCAAAGAACAUUAGACUUGCUCUGGAGGACAAGCUGAAGCUGUUUUCAGAUGCAGUGUGGAGUACCGUUUGAUGAUGAGCCGAGAAGAAAGAAAAAUGGAGAAGAACAGCCAAAGUCCUCUGUCAGUAAUCAGUACCGAAUUGUUACACCCACAUUCCAGUAUAACAUGGACUACAAGAAAGUUGGCAAAUGUAUUAUUAUAAACAACAAAAAUUUUGAAGACAAAACAGGAAUGGGUACACGCAAUGGCACUGAUAAAGAUGCUGGAGAUCUAGCUAAGAGUUUUAGAAACUUAGGUUUUGAGGUUCACACAUACAAUGACCGAAGAUGUGAUGAUAUGGAAAAAUUACUGAAGCAAGCUGCUGAGGAGAAUCACAGUGAUGCUGCUUGUUUUGCCUGUAUCCUUCUAAGCCAUGGGGAAGAAGGCCUCAUCUAUGGUACUGAUGGACCCAUGGCUAUCAAGAGUUUGACUGCGCUAUUCAGAGGAGACAAGUGUAAAAGCCUUAUAGGGAAACCCAAAUUAUUUUUCAUUCAGGCAUGCAGAGGCUCUGAAUUUGAUGAAGGUAUACAAACUGACUCUGGACCUGCAAAUGACACUCUGGAAACAGAUGCCAAUCCGAGAUACAAAAUCCCAGUAGAAGCAGAUUUUCUGUUUGCAUAUUCCACGGUGCCAGGUUAUUACUCCUGGCGGAAUCCUGGAAGAGGCUCCUGGUUUGUGCAGUCUCUCUGCUCUGUGCUAAAUGAGCAUGGAAAACAACUUGAGAUCAUGCAGAUCCUCACACGGGUCAACUACGUGGUUGCCACAAAUUUUGAAUCACAGUCUGAUGAUCCACGCUUCAGUGAGAAGAAGCAGAUUCCCUGUGUGGUCUCCAUGCUCACUAAGGAACUUUACUUCUGAAAGUGUAUUUUAAUGCCGCCAGUGAUGAAAAUCAGGAUAUGGUUUUGGGUGGAGAUUUGAAUAUAAACUGGAGUAACACAUUUUUAAUAACAGAAAUGUAGUAACACUAGAUUUUUAUAUUGUAUAAGAUGGGGUAUCUGAUGGAUGGACAAUAUGCAAGAUUUUAAAGAAGAAAUAAAUUAUGUGGGCCAACCUGACAGCUCAUACUAAUUACUAUAUCUUGAUUUCUCUUAGUGUGGCUGUCAUGAUUUGCAGCUACGGAAGAUAUUCUAAGAGUCAGCUACCUGACCCAUAAAGUUUUAUUCCAGAAAACAGAUUAUAAAUUUAGAACAAAAAAAUUAAAUUGUGGGAGCCCAUCUUUUCUUUCACUGCUAGCUCAUGGAACCGUAACUUCCUCAGAAAUUUCCAAAGGCCGUCAUAUUAUUGGGUAUGUCCAGUGAUGAAACGGUUUGUAGCUAUUUAAAAGGGUGUUUCUUAGUCUACUAUAUUCAUUUCCUUUUUAAGAACAUUAUUGAUGAAGACUAAUGGUUGCUCUGUGCUUAAUCUGGAAGUCAAUUUACUUAGUUAUCACUCUAGCAUAACAUGGAUAAAGAAAAAAAUCAAUAUUUGUAGGUGAUUUACAUGGAAAUGUACCAAAUAGAAAAAUCAAAAUGAAAGUAAUUUACAAAGGUUGGCAAACUAUAAUUGGGUGAUGACUUAUUAAAGUGCCAUUGUAAAGAUUUUUGCCUUGGAAAUGACAAUUAACUGAUAGAACGGCCUGGAACAGUGGUAUUGCAGUUUUUCUGCUUGCAGAAAUAAAAAUGUUUGUUGAUUCAGAAGUUUUGAACCAACAGAAAGUUGAUGCCAAGGCUUUGUUAUAAAACAUUAAAAUUUAAUGUUGAAAUGAUAGAAUUGUAUGUUCCAGUAUGUAUGUUUAGACAUAGCUUCUAUAUGUGAGAGAUUUUGCCAGGACUGGAAAUACUUACUUGAAUCAGAAACCAAAGUGCCUUUUCAGUUACUGUAAGGUCUUGAUUUUGUGUUUUGGAGUUGCGUCGGUGAUGUUUAUAUUCUUACUUUUUAUAUUCUCUUUAAAGCUGGUAGAUAGCUCAAAGAAGUAAGUUUAAUGAUUUGGUUAAACUGAUAAAUGGUUAGUUGUUCACCCUUUUCCCAGUUAACGUUACCCUAUAGUCUUUUGAAACCUCCUAAGAAAAUAAGUGCAUACUAUUACAGCUAAAUUACCAAAUUAUUAAGAUUAUUUUCUUACAAAUACUGUGGCAUAGUGAGGCAUAUUUUUUUUUUCAUAAGUCAAAUUUAUAGCUGUUUGGAUUAAAUGAAUGAUCGUUUUAUGGAUGUCUUGAGCAUGAAAUCAAUA